AAACCGAACCCGGACGUGUUCUGGUUAAUAAACCGGAUUUGAUAAUCGGUGAUGGGUCCGCUACUUGUAAUUGGAGGAUAGAUCUUCUGGUGGCUCUCGGUCAAAACGAAAGAAUCACAAAAGGGCAGAAGUCGGCGUUACACUGUGAACCCCAUCAUUUCGAUUUCUCUCUCGACGGCUGCCAAUCUAUUCGUCGAUCGCUGUUUGGAACUGGUUUCCUGUGUUCGAUGAUUCAAGUUCAGAUUGGUUGCUGAUUUUUGGGCUAUUUUUUCCCCGAGUUUUGAGUGAUGGAUUUGGUGGCUGGUUGCAAGGAAAAAUUGACAUAUUUCCGAAUAAAAGAACUUAAAGAUGUGCUCACUCAGCUAGGUCUCUCAAAGCAGGGGAAGAAGCAGGACCUUAUUGACCGUAUACUAGCAAGUCUUUCAGAUGAACAAGUGUCCAAGAUGUGGCCAAAGAAAGGCAGUGCUGGGAAGGAAGCAGCAGCGAAACUAAUUGAUGACAUAUAUAGAAAAAUGCAGGUAUCUGGGGCUAAUGAUUUAGCAUCAAAGAUUCCGGGUGCUUCUGAUAGCAGCAAUGUGAAAGUUAAAGGGGAAGUGGAAGAUCCCUAUCAGUCGGAUACAAAAGUUCGCUGUCCUUGUGGAAGUUCAUUGGAAACAGAGUCUAUGAUUAAGUGUGAGGAUCCAAGAUGCCAUGUGUGGCAACACGUUGGUUGUGUCAUAAUUCCAGAGAAACCAAUGGAGGGCGGCGCAUCAAUCCCUGACUUAUUUUAUUGCGAGAUUUGUCGACUCAGUCGGGCUGACCCUUUUUGGGCUACUGUUGCACAUCCGUUAUAUCCUGUGAAGUUGACUACAACAAAUAUUCCUACUGACGGUACAAACCCAGUGCAGAGUGUGGAGAAAACAUUUCAUUUAACAAGGGCAGACAAGGAUUUAUUGUCGAAACAAGAAUAUGAUGUUCAGGCUUGGUGUAUGCUCUUAAAUGAUAAAGUUUCAUUCAGGAUGCAGUGGCCGCAAUACGCAGAUCUUCAGAUCAACAGUGUCCCUGUUCGUGCUAUUAAUAGACCGGGCUCGCAACUACUGGGUGCUAAUGGUCGUGAUGAUGGUCCUAUUAUAACACCAUGUACAAAAGAUGGUAUCAACAAGAUUUUUCUAACUGGAUGUGAUGCUCGCAUAUUCUGUUUAGGUGUCAGAAUUGUAAAACGACGAACUGUUCAACAGAUCCUCAACUUGAUUCCUAAGGAGUCUGAUGGGGAGCAUUUUGAAGAUGCUCUUGCUCGUGUAGUUCGUUGUGUUGGUGGUGGAACUUCCGGAGAUGAUGCUGAUAGUGACAGUGAUGUGGAAGUUGUUGCUGAUUCUUUUUCUGUGAAUCUGCGCUGCCCUAUGAGUGGCUCCAGAAUGAAGGUUGCAGGGAGGUUUAAACCUUGUGUUCAUAUGGGCUGUUUUGAUCUUGAAGUUUUUGUGGAGCUGAACCAGCGAUCUAGGAAGUGGCAGUGCCCCAUUUGUCUAAAGAAUUAUUCGUUGGAAUAUAUCAUCGUCGAUCCAUAUUUCAAUCGCAUCACGUCUAAGAUGAGGCAUUGUGGUGAAGAUGUGACAGAGAUUGAGGUGAAGCCUGAUGGGUCUUGGCGUGCAAAGAUGAGAAAUGAAAGUGAACGUAGGGAGCUCGGGGAGCUUGCACAAUGGCACACUCCUGAUGGUGCAAUCUGUGUCCCUACUGGUGAACUUAAAAUAAAUGUGGAAAUUCCAAAGCUGAUCAAACAAGAAGGUGCUUCAGAAGCUCAUACUGGUUUGAAACUUGGAAUCAGGAGGAAUGGUAAUGGUAUUUGGGAAGUGAGCAAACCUGAAGAUAUGAAUACAUUCUCUUCUGGUAAUAGAUUGCAAGAAAGUUUUUUGAACCACGAGCAGAAAGUUAUCCCAAUGAGUAGCAGUGCCACUGGAAGUGGUCGGGAUGGUGAGGAUCCAAGUGUAAACCAGGAUGGCGGAGAGAACAUUGAUUUUCCAAGCAAUGGGAUUGAGCUUGAUUCUUUACCUCCGAAUUUAGAUUCUGCCUAUGGGUUUACUGACAGAAACCCUUUGACGGCAGCAGGAGAUGCAGAAGUUAUUGUUCUUAGUGAUUCUGAAGAUGAAAAUGACAAAUUAACACCUUCUAUAGCUGUCUAUAAUAAUAAUCAAACUGAUGCUGGUGGGUCAAAUUUUUCCGUACCCCCUCUGGGGAUUCCUGAUCCCUAUUUGGAAGAUCCUAGUCUUGGACCUGGUGCAAAUUCUUGUAUGGAUCUUUACAAUGCAAAUGAUGAUGAAUUUGGGAUGCCACUCUGGCCUUUACCUCCAGGAACCCAAUCAGGUCCCGGGUUUCAGUUAUUUAGUUCAGAGGCAGAUGGCUUGGUUGAUUUGCAGCAUGGUUCUAUCAAUUGUCCCCCGUUGAUGAAUGGCUACAGCUUGGCACCAGAGACUACCUUGGGGUCUGCUCCUUUAGUCCCAGAUUCUUCUGUUGGUCGGACUGAUACAGACAUAAAUGAUGGCUUGGUUGAUAAUCCCUUGGCAUUUGGGGGUGAUGAUCCAUCUCUUCAAAUUUUUCUUCCAACCAGACCUUCAGAUGCUUCUAUAAAGACUGACUUGAGAGGUCAACCUGAUGUGUCAAAUGGUAUACGCACUGAUGACUGGAUCUCACUAAGACUUGGGGGUGGGACCUCCGGCGGUCACGGUGAGUCGACAACUGUAAAUGGAGUGAAUUCAAGACAGCAAAUGCCAUCCAGGGAAGGUGCCAUGGAUUCUUUGGCUGAAACUGCUUCGCUGCUCCUCGGCAUGAAUGAUGGUAGGAAUGAGAAAGCAAGUCGGCAGAGGUCAGAUAGUCCUUUCUCAUUUCCUCGCCAAAAACGUUCAGUAAGGCAAAGGCUAUAUCUUUCCAUUGACUCAGAUUCGGAGUAGAUGAAAUGUAACCUAGCGUGGUGAGAAUUGUUGUUGCUCUGUUUUGAAUUUCUUUGGACAGAAGACAUCCGACAGGAGACGUCCCCAGGUAUUUUAUAUGGCAGUGAAAGGAAAUAGACUAAUGAUUCAGGUCUUUGUGACUCGUGAAGUCUCCCAAUUAAAUGCAAGGGGUAAAUAGCAGAACCACAGAGAGGUUAUCCUUUUAAACUGUGCUGGUACCUGCAGCACUAAUUUUUGUUUCAAUUGGUGAGCUGGUGGGGCUUGUGUAUCCUUUUCCAUUGUAUAGUGCCCUAUCUAAGCGGUGUUUCUGACACCAUUUGUUUUAUCAACAGGCACCUCCACUUCUCAAAGAUCUGCAGGUCCAAUGCUGGUAAAUUGUACAUUAGUUAUUUAAAUAUGAGAAUCACAGCGUUGGAACUAAAACCGAUGGGUUGGAAUCUUUUGGAUGUAUUAUGGUCUCCAAUUGAGUAGCACCAGCACCCAUCUUUUAAGAGAGCGGAAUAGCAUGUAAAGAUCGAGUACAGAUAAUAUAUAGAGAAAUUGUUCACAUCUUUUUAUACCAGUUUAACUGAGGCAGGCUUGUUUUGACUUUUUGUGAGUUUCUUGUUGCUUCUUUUUUCUAACUGAAAUGGCACUGCAAGUUGCGCUUUCUUUUGUAA